AUGGAUUAUUAUUAUCCGUAUUAUGAAAAUGAAUUUUUGAAAUAUCAUGAUAAAAUAAUUUCUAAAAUUAAAGACAAAAUUAAAAAUAAUGAAUAUGUAAAGGGAAAAACUAAAUCACAACUUAAACAAUUGAAAGAUUUCAAAAAUAAAGUAUUAACAGAAGAAGAUAUUGAUGAAUUAUAUAAUUUAUAUAAUCCUGAGCCGCAAAAAUCAAGGGAACAAAAACAAAAGGUGCAAAACACCCAGGUCCUUCAGAUCAUAAAUGAAGCACAAGCUUUAAUUUAUGAUUCAUUAGUUAAACCAUGUUCAACCCAAGUUUUAAAUGAAGAUCAACUUUUGGAAUUCAUCCUUCAACAUAAACUCGAAGCGGGAAAGUAUAUCAAACCUUUAUAUACAGCAUAUUUAAAACAAAUGAAUAAAAUACAUCCGGAAUUAAUGAAGGGAGGAAUGAAAUCCAAAACUUCAUCAUCCAAAAUCAAAGCAGAUAAAAUUAAAUCACUUGCAAUACCAAAACCUCCUUCAGUUAAUCCUUCAUCAUUCACUUUAUUAUAUCCAUUUCAAACAUUAAAGAAGCAAAAAGAUUUUAAAAGGGAUUUCAAGAUAUUAAAUAAACCAACUGACCCAAAAAUUCAACCGUUAAAGGAAAAAUUUGGUCGCCCUUCAUUUGCACCAUAUCCAUAUUCAUACGAAAUCGAUCAUUUAGAAUAUUCAAAAGGAAAUGUUACUUAUUUAUUUGCCAUUAACAUUAACACCAGAUAUUUAUAUUGCAUUCCGGUGAAAGGGAAAACAGAACAGGAAACAAGAAGAGCUAUUCAAUACUUACUAGAUCAUGAAAGGGUAGAUAAUAUAAGGGGUGAUGGUGAUAAAGGAUUUCAGGCAGCUAUGGCUCAUUAUUUCCCACAAAUUAAUUUUUACUUUUCAUCCUCUCCAUAUACGUUUCAUAAUAAAAUAGUUGAUGCGGUAAUGAGAACUCUUAGAGAUGCGUUAGGGGUUAACGGUCAGAUAUACUGGGAUGGAAAUCAUGACUCCAUCAUACAGCAGUUAG